UGGCGGAAAAGGGGAACAAACGACUGGUUGUCGGAGCGGAUGGGUUGGGGGUUCUUAUUCCCUUCUCGCAUGGUUUGUGGAGAGGAGAGCUCGAUCCCUCUUCGCGUUCGGCAUCGUCCUCCAUUCCUCUCCUCCUUCUCUUGGCCUCGAGCUGGCUCUUCGAUUGCGUUUCCGACGCUGUGAUUGCCAUCGGAAGCGGGAAGGUGUGGGGAGGUGGUAAUGGGGGUGGAGAUGCUUAACCAAUGAUGGAAGUGGAGGGUAGAUGGACUACGAGGGAGUGGGGAUCCAGAUGCAUGGUGGUGGAGUGAGGGGUGCGGUGGUCGCCGUGGCCGUUGCGGAAGGGUCGGCAUCGGCGGGUGCCACCGACAUCGAUGAGGAGACAUUGUGGCAAAUGAACUUGAGACAGAGUGAAUCCAUGGAGUCCGGGCUGUAUCCCGAGCGUCCAGGGGAGCCAGACUGUGCUUAUUACAUCAGGACUGGUCUCUGUAGAUUUGGAAUGACUUGCAGAUUUAACCACCCUCCCAAUAGGAAACUGGCUGUUGCUGCUGCCAGAAUUAAGGGAGGCUAUCCAGAAAGAGUAGGGCAACCUGAAUGCCAGUAUUACCUGAAGACAGGAACAUGCAAAUUUGGUGCUACAUGUAAAUUUCAUCACCCGAAAGAUAAGGCAGGAAUUGCUGGGAAAGUUCAAUUAAAUAUCUUAGGCUAUCCACUCCGCCCGAAUGAGAAGGAGUGUGCAUACUAUUUAAGAACUGGUCAGUGUAAGUUUGGGAAUACAUGUAAAUUUCAUCAUCCACAACCAUCCAAUUCAAUGCUUUCGUUGCGUGGUUCUCCUGGUUAUCCUUCUGUACAUUCUCCCACAACUCCUGGUCAACAGUCUUAUCCUGGAGCAAUCACAAAUUGGCCUAUAUCAAGAGCUUCUUUCAUUCCCAGCCCUCGAUGGCAAGGUCCCUCAAGUUAUGCUCAAUUAAUUCUUCCUCAAGGAUUGGUUCAAGUUCCUGGAUGGAAUGCAUAUCCAGGGCAAUUGGGGUCUGUGUCAUCUCCAGAUAGCCAGCAACAAUCGUCAGGGAGUAAUCAGUAUUAUGGAAUUUCACGCCAGAAUGAAACAAAUGUAACUCAGGGGACAUAUCCUUAUCAUCGAUCUGGUUCAAUACCUAUGGGUCUGUAUGCAUUACAGAGGGAACACAUAUUUCCUGAGAGACCGGACCAACCUGAAUGCCAAUUUUAUAUGAAGACUGGAGAUUGCAAAUUUGGUGCAGUCUGCAAAUUUCAUCAUCCUAGGGAAAGAUUAAUACCUGCUCCUAACUGCUUGUUGAGUCCUAUGGGCCUUCCAUUACGCCCGGGAGAACCGUUGUGCAUAUUUUAUUCUCGUUAUGGAAUCUGCAAAUUUGGACCGAAUUGUAAAUUUGAUCAUCCCAUGAUGUACAGUCCAGCAGCACCCACAGCUGAUGUUCCAGUUGUUCGACGAUUGUUAGGAUCCUCAACGGGAUCUCCUGCGUUAACAUUGACAUCAGAAGGUCCUGUUGAAGCUGGUCCAGGAAAGUCGAGACGCCUUUCUCUCUCUGAGUCUCGACAAAUGGCUUCUGGUGAGGAAAACACCGAGGCAGAGGGCUCACAUACCACCAGUCAAGUUUCAUCCUUUUCUUAAUUUACCAGGGGAAGAACUCUGUAAAUUAAGUUCCCAUUUCUGGUGAUGUACAGUCUUUCAUGAUGUCAUCUGAGGAUGCAUUUACUUAAAAGUAAAUUCAAGACAUUCUGAAUUUCAAAUUUCUUCUUGUCAAUGCACAUUCUGUUUUAUUCUGUGCAAAAAACACAAAUGUCAAAAGUCCUGGCAACUUUUACUGGUUCAUAGGUCCAGAAA